GGAAGACAAAACAAAAAUACGGGUGCAUUGUGGGUAAUUUUAAUGGCGGACCAAAUUUUUUCAAAUAUUUUAAAAUUUGAAAUAUUUUCAACGAAUUAUGGCAUGAUGCAUUGGGGCAUUUGAAUAGCAGGGGAACUUCAUGGUUUCAUGUGAAGAUUUCCAUAAUCCAAGAUGACCAUGCACAAUAUGGAAGCUGGGAGUAGUGAUGUAGAUGCUUGGAUUGAAGAGGAAAUCCAGCGUCAGUUGGAUGCACUAUCACCACAUCUGUUAGACGUGGGAGAAGAUGAGCCAAAUGUUGACGAAGAAUCAAUUGAAAGCAAUGAUAAUGAGGAAGAGGAAAUGCCUGAGACAUUCAUGUCAUUCAUCAAUCACGUCCAACAUCAGACAGUUCAUGCAGAGCAACAACUGGAAGAGUGUGAUACCAUCAUUCAAGAUGCAGACAAAAAGUUGACUAAUGUAGAUUCCCGCAAGGUUUAUGGUUUACUGCAGGAGCUAGCGAAAGAACAGGGAGAUGAUGAUCCACUUACAUUCAGAGAAAGGAUGUUAAAUGAAAUUGAUGAAGAUGAUAAGAAAGGUUUUGAAAUUGAUGCUUCUCCAACAACCGAAGCAGUAAAGAUUGAGAGAGAUACUAAAGUAUCUGAUACACCAAGACUUGACGAUGAUGAUGAUGCAGAUGGUGAGAGCACUAGUGCAAUAGAACUCAAAGCUCUGGAACAACUCAAAGAAUUAGAAGAGAAACAUAAAGAGAGAGAACUCAGGCGGAAACAGGAAGAAGAGACUAGAAUGCAAGCUCUAAAGAUAAAAGAAGAAGAAAUUAUGAAAAGACGUCAAGAGAAAAUAGAGUUAUUGAAAAUCCAAGAAAGAGAAAUGGCUGAAGAAAGGCAGAAAAAAGAGGAAGAGCUCAAAGUACAACAGCAGGAGGAAAUCAGUAAAAAUGAAUUAAUUCAGAAACAGUUCGAUGCCCAACAGAAAAAAGAAGAAGAUGCUCGAGUAAAAGAACAAGAACAGUUGGCUAGAGAGAAAACUGAACUAGAAAAAACAACAUUAAAGAAGAAGAAUUACUCAGCUUCUAGAAUCCAGGCAUUCUUCAAAGGCAACAAGGAUCGGAAGAUGUAUGGAGAAAUCAUAAAACAGAAGAAAGCUGAGAGGAGACGAGAACAAGAGUUGAAAAGAGUGAAGGAAAUAGAACAAGAGAGAGCCGAACAUGAGAGAAGGACGAAACUCAUGGCAGAGGAAAAGGAAAGACAAGAGCUAGAGGAUCAGAGAUUGAAAGCAUUAGAAGAGAAACGUAAGCAACAGGAACUUGAAGAGAUUGAAAAGAAAGAGAAAGAGAGAAAGAAAGAGGAAUCAGAAAGACUGAGAAAGGAAGAAGAAAUUAGAAAGCACAAAGAAGAGGAAAUAAAAAAGAAAGAGGAAAAAGAAAGACUUGAACAGGAAAGAAAAAGAGAAGAAGAGCAAAUCAAAAAAGAAGAAGAGGAGAAAAGGAAAAUUGAAGAGGAAAAGCAACGUAGAAUUAAAGAAGAAGAGGAAAAGAGAAGAAAGCUUGAGGAAGAAGAGAGGCUCAGAAAAGAAGAAGAACUGAAAAGGCAACAAGAAGAAGAACAGAGAAGAGAAGAGGAACAAAGAAAACAACAAGAACUUGAGAAUCAGUUACUGGAAGAAGAAAGAGCUAGGAAAGAAGAAGAGGCCAGAUUGCUUGCAGAGUCCCUGUCUCCAAAGUUAGAGAAAUGCAGGAUUGCUUGGAUGGAGUCCUGUAAACCUUGGAGUAAAAUCCAGAGUUUGUCCAAGACACGUAAACUAAGAACUAGUAGGAAGCCACGAAGACCUUCAUCAUCAAAGGUGCAGGUGACCAUUCCACAUGAAAGCAUAUUGAAGGCAGCUAAGGUCUCCGCAUUGGCACAGGUGACUACAGUUGAACUUCAUGAUCUACCGGGGUCCAGCCUGAGCUCUCUGGGUCAAUGUUUGAGACUGAAGCACCUGGUUGUGAACAACUCUUACCUGGUGGCAGUUGAAGGCCUUGAAAAUUGUCACCAAUUGCAGUAUUUAGACUUAAAGCAAAAUUCUGUGGAAUAUUUGGAUCUUAACAACCUGAAAUACCUGUGGUAUCUUGACUUGUCUAACAACAGUCUAGCUUCCAUACAUGGUCUGGAGGAGACUAGUGGUAUUAAGUACCUCAAUUUGGCACACAAUAAGAUAAGUAGACUCGGAGGUCUAGGGGGUUUAAAGCAACUUCACACAUUAAACGUAUCCUUCAACCAGCUUAUAAAUACAAGGGGUCUAAGUGAAGUACCCGCAAUGCAACAUCUUGACGUAUCUCACAACCACCUGGCAGCAAUAGAUGAACUAGAAGAUCUCUGCUUGUUACAAACUCUUAGAGCAGAAGGAAAUAGCAUUCAGCAAGUCCCGAAUUUAAAGAACCAAGUAUUAUUACAAGAGCUCCUUCUACAAGAGAAUAAUGUCUCAACAAUACAGGGUGUCUCAGAAAGUUGGCUCCCAUUGCUCAGCACACUCAAUCUUAACCAAAACAAUCUCUCUACACUUGGAGACCUAAGUCACUGUAUUAUGCUGAAGACUGUUGACCUUGGGAGCAACAUGAUCAUGAAUACUGAUGAUUUCUUGCCACAAUUGGCUGAGUGCAAUAACCUUCAAGAUUUAACAAUAGAUGACGUAUUGGAUCACAUGACAACAUGGUCAAAACUACCCUCUUUAGUACAUUUAAAUGGUUUAGAAAAACCUGCCGAAUUUAAGACAGAAAAUAACAAAAGACUACGAAGUAAUUUUGAGAAAGUUUGCCAUAUGCAGAUAGAGGGUUACAGAAAUCUAGUACAAACAUAUGAGAACUCUAUCAAAAGUCUCCCAGGUAGACCCAACACUCUUCCAACUAAAGCUCAGCACCAGCAGUCAUUUUACACUCAGUCCCAUACACUAGCAGAGGAGGACCGGUACAUGCAUGAGUAUGGGGACAUAACAAGACAGUCUCAAGACAAUAACAAGAGUUUUGACAAUGUUCUAGACUCUAACAACCAAGAAAAAGAACCAAUUGAACAAGAGAAUCACAGUGUAGGAAGUAAAUCAAGUGAAGAACUAGCAGCUAUUAGAAUCCAGAGCCAUUGGCGGGGUUAUGUGGUAAGAAGGGAUAUAGACUACCACACAAAGCUAUGGUUAGCUGCCACCAUUAUUCAGUCAGCAUGGAGGGGAUAUUACACACGAUUGGCUGUCAGAGCACUUCGGGAACAAAGUAUUAUUAUGUCAUACAAUGUGGAUAUAAAGACAUUGGAAUCGUCAGCAGUAAAAAUUCAGGCACUUUGGAGAGGCUAUUGUUUAAGAAAGAAACUCCAGCAAGCCUAUAUGUAUGCCAAGCUUGAUGAUGAUGAAGAUCUUAACAUGGACCUUGAUAUGAAUAUGUUCAACUUUAAUGAGGCAGAGCUUGACCAGGAAUGGCUGCCACCUGAAACACCACAACUCUUACAUAAGCCUCCAGUUUUAAGGAAGAUUUCACCAUCAAGGGACAGGGGCCAUACUCCUAAUGGACACCAUGUGCCCCGUCCACCUUUGCCCCGUCCUCCAAGUGCCCCGAGAAGAGCAUGGAGAAACGCAGACUCCCCCAUAUCUGUGUCAACUGGGGAAGAGAUAGAUCAGGUGCAAAUCGAAAACACGCCAAAGCAUUCAUCAAACAAUAUUCUUGGGAACGCAGGUUCCAGACUCCCAGAAGGAUAUGACCCCCAACAGAAACCCCCCAGGCCCCCCUCGUCAAUCCUGAGUGGAGCCGACACACAUCGUUCACACCUUUCAAGGAAAGAAGAAAAAAUGUCUGAAGAAUGGGGAUUUAAAGAUGGCAGGACUGCAGAACUAAUGUAUAAGAGAGCAAAAAAGUUGCAGUAUAACUCUCAACGAAAAAAGAAGUUGGGACAACUCGACCCAAAGCAGAGACUGGCCCUUGUUAGAAAGCUGGAAGAGACAACGCAUCAAGUUGUAACAGCUAGACCACCAGCCAGGAAGAUACCUUCUAGGUUAAACUACUUUGCAGCUAAAGAGGAAGAGGAGAGAAAGCGAAAGAUUUUAAAGUCUGAGAAAGAUCUGGAUAAGAACAAUAGAGUCUUUGAAUGGGUCCACACCCAAGUAGGCAGUCAUGAUGUGUCAGAUUCAAAGAUCAACCAGGGAAUGAAGAAGAGAUUCUCAAGUGAAAGCAACCUUCCCAAAAUGGAUGCAGAACUAGUCGCUGGUGGGAGAGUCUCUCUUGUUGCCAGUCCAUUAGCUUUGGAAUCAGUGGAUGAUAACAACUCCACAAGGUCAAGGUCACGCAGCAGACGACAUUCAGAUGACCUAAGUCCAAGAGGUCGCCUUGACCUGCCACCUAUAAAAACCAAUUCAGCACCAUCUAUGAAGAUCAAAGAGAGAAAUACAAUGUACUCUUGGCGAAUGCCAGUGAAAAAUAAUGAUGUUGGUUGGGGUGGUGGACAAAAGAGAUCUAAUAGUAAAAGAUGAUACUCAUUGUUAAAAGUUAUUUGCCAAUGCCUAUAAACAAAUAAUUUAUCUUACAUAUGUGAGCUGUCAUUUGUCUGUAGUAGGCCUGGAAAUUUUUUAAAACGUGUCCAGUUUACUUGGGUUCAACCCAAGAUAAGAAACAGAGCCAUGAUAUUAUUUAAGGUCAUAUACCGGUGGUGGCUUCCUUUAAUAUUCAUUUCAAUUGAAAAAUGGAACAUGUCGUUUUUAGGACUUUAUAUUGCAUAAUUAACCUUUAAAUAAAUGAAGCAAAAUCUGAUUUUUAGAAAACAGAUAUGACAAGGAAUGCUGUGAGCAAAAUAAGAAUACAAAAGUUUUUCAACUGUUUUUUUUAUAAUUUAUUAAAGUAUAUGUGUGGUGGUGUAAGCCAGUUUUAAACUAGCAUUCCAGUAGCAUAGGUUCCAGCUUGAAACAAGGACACUAUGAUUUAAAUAAAACUGUCUUUAAAAAUCUAGUCUUUUGCAUAAGUUAUUGUGAACACUCGUAUGUCAAGUAUUCAGAAUGGGCACAACAUGAACAAUUUCUGUACAGGUUGUACAGAUGGUCUGUGCAUGUUGCACAAAUGAACUGUACAGGUUGUACAGAUGAACUGUACAGGUUGUACAGAUGGUCUGU